UGAGUUGUUCUGUUUUCUGCGUGCCUAAAUUUGAAAUAUGUAUGUGUGCCCUCCAAUCAAAUUUGAUCAUAGCUUUAUCACAACCAAUCAAUUGAAACACCCAGUUUUGAAUUGGUUGGGACUAUACUAGCUUUAUCAGACGUAAUCGAAGUGUUAACUUUGAUCCCUCACAUUUUUUUCCCAGAACUUUCUCCGUGACUAAUUUGAGCUUCUACAAAUAUUAUUCUUUACAAAAGCGUGUUAAUUUGGUCAAACACCCGCGUUAAUUUAUCUCUUCUAUUCUUCUAGAAGAGGGAUUUGCCAUGUUUCUUUUAAUUUUGUUAUAUCAUCUCACAUUUGAUGAAAACCUCCUUAGUUGAUGAACAAUUCUCUGUUGUCUUCAUCUCCGGAUUUACUUGAAGAGCGGAAUCAGCUUUCGUGCUCAGAAGCUGUCAACUUGGUUUCAGUUGUUAAUCAUACAAUUGCUUGGCGGCGGAUACCAUGAGUGGAGGGCUUCGUUCAAGCGUGAAGUCGUACCUUAAUGCGAAACGCCUCCCUUUCUCUGGGGAAAUAGAUACAGUGAAUGAGACAAAUGAGACCAUCAAUCGCAAUUUCAGUGCACUCCAAGCUGCUGUUGAUUCCGUGGAUAAGAAGAAACCGCAAGAGAAAAGCAUUGCUUCGACUUCAUAUCAGCUCAGUAUGUAUGACGUGCCUUCAACUUCGCGGAGAGAAAGGAUCUUGCUAAAAAGAUUCCUCUUUAAUGAACUGAAAGUAGCAACCUGGAACUUUCAUCCUCAUAAUAAGCUGGGUGAAGGUGGUUUUGGUUCUGUUUUUAGGGGGUGGGUUGAUGACAAUAUAUCAACAGCUGCCAGCCCCGGUACUGGCAUGCUAAUUGCUGUGAAGAGGAUUAACCAAGAAGGUUUACAGGGUCACAAGGAAUGGUUGACAGAAAUAUACUACCUAGGAAGGCUGCGCCAUCCAAAUCUUGUGACAUUGUUGGGUUAUUGCUUCGAGGAUGAUUGCAGGCUUCUGGUGUAUGAAUUUAUGGCUGGUGGUAGCUUGGAUACUCAUCUGUAUGGAAGAGCUUCUUCCCUUCAACCACUCUCGUGGAUCCUGCGUAUGAAGAUUGCCCUUGGUGCUGCCAACUCUCUAGCAUUUAUUCACAGUGGUGAGGGAAAAGUGAUCCAUCGUGACGUCAAAAGUUCUAAUAUCUUACUGGAUUCAAACUACAAUGCCAAACUCUCUGAUUUUGGUUUUGCUAAGGAUGGACCAGCAGGUGAUAAAAGUCAUGUCUCAACAUGGGUGAUGGGGACACGCGGGUAUGCAGCUCCUGAGUAUGUUGCUACAGGUCAUUUAACCCGCAAGACUGACGUGUAUGGUUUUGGAGUUGUUAUGCUCGAAUUGUUGACUGGAAAACCAGUUCUUGACACUAGCCGGCCAACCAGGGAACGCAAUUUAGUCGAAUGGGCCAGACCUUACUUUGCUAGCAAACGCAGAGUUCUUAAAAUUUUUGAUGCUCGUAUUAAAGGCCAGUAUUCUGUGGCUGCAGCUCGUAAAGCAGCUAACCUUACAAAUCAAUGCUUAUCAACAGAACCCGAGUUGAGGCCAAACAUGAAUGAGGUGGUAAAAGCGUUGGAGCAGCUUCAGGAAUCCGGUAACAAUGAGGGUUCAGGAAUCUCUCACAAAGAGCCUCGCCAAUCUCCAUAUUCCAAUUCAAACAGUGCCAAAUCAAGCUGGAGAAGCUGGAUCAGCUUCAGGUCAUCUUCUUCCCACAGCUACAUAAGAUAGUCAUGCAUGUGUUAUAUACAUUGAUUCAAAGGAAAAUGGGGCAGGAGGGAAAGAAAGUAAAGGAGACAAGGCUGUCAUGUUUAUAUUGAAAUCUAUAUCUUGUAAUUUGCACUGCUGCAUUUGAUUACUGUCCAUGAAGCGUUUUCAUUUUGUGCCUGAAGAUGAGUUUCAGUUUAAUUCCGAGGAAUUAUCGACUUGUUUCGAUCGUGCUGUACUUGGUGGAGUUUCAGCUAGUUCUGAUAAGAUGAAGACAUUAGCAUAUCAAAAGCACAAGAUUACAAGCCUGCACAAGAGAACAAGUAACAACACAGUAUGGUAGCAGAAGACAAUAUUGGAGACAACUCGUUCUCUCUCGCCCAAGUACAAUUGACAGAGCUUGUUGCUACAUUGCAGACUAAGAAGACCAAGCAUGACCACGUAUUGAACUACACAUCUGACAUCUCUGUUAACUUUCACAUGUGAUCUUGAUGUCUAAUAGCAGCUAGGCUUGCUCAGAGUUGUAGUAUAAAUAUGUGUUCUUUUAUGUAAUCAUCAUCCACUUAAAUCAAGCAAAUUCCAUUUCUCUUUAUGGUAUCAGAGCCAUCUGCCUAAUAGCUCUUGAUCAUGUGAACUCCAAAACUCUCCAAAAUUUCUCCAUACACCCACGGGUCUAAAACCGAUUGCAGCAUGUAUGAAUCCUUCUUCUUAGUUCAAUUUCCAAUUCAACUCCGUUUACUUUCUUCUUUACAUUCUUGUUAUGUCCUCAAGACUAAGAUCUUUCAUAUUUCACUUCAAUUUUUCAGUCUCAAUUCCCUUUUCUCUUGAUAUCUUUUCUGGCACCAUCAUGGCAGAUGCACCAUGUUUCACUUCCCCACCAUGCCCCAACAACACUUCUCCUCCAUAACUUCCUUCCAAUUAACCUUAGAUUGUUGUUUGGAAAAUUGCAACCCCAUCCCUCUGUUCAUUUACUCUCUCACUCUCUCUGCUUCUACAAGCUACCUCUUUUUCAUUUCUCUUCAAAAGAAAAUCCUUUUCAUUUAGACUCCUGCUUAACAACUCUCUCAGCUCUCUCCAAAUUUCAGAGAAUGAUCUUCUCUCUAUGCUCUCUCUUCCUCCUCGUGCUGAAUAACAACAGUGAUCUGCUUUCACCUUUCGAUUGCUCAACCUCGUUGCAUAUCUCUCUUCUUCAUUAGUCUCUCUUCUGCAACGACAUCUCUCUUCUACUUCGUAUUUGCUUCUUCUAUGUUUCAUCUUUACUUAGUUCUGAGUUUCCCUCAUCAUCCUUGUUCAAGCAAUUUUAUAUAGAUUUUCUACUACCUCUCUUUUAAAAGCUUCUCCAUCUCAUUCUUCUUCUCCUCAUCAUUUGAAAUCUGAAAUUUCAAGGUCAAAUUCCCGUACCAUAGCCUGCUCACUCAUAGUUUUCUUCUCACACCUACCAUGGUAAUCACUUCUUUGUCACCCCAAAAGAACAAAGACAUUACUCAUCUGCUAUAUAAUCAAGUCCAUCUCUUUUCUCAUUUUCUGUGUUUUUAAAUCUCUAUUCCCUCUUUCUCCCCACAUCCUCUAUUUCCCUUUCCUUCCUUUUUCAUCUCCACAUGCUUACAAAAUCUCUUCCUUGCUUGUUAGAAACGAACAUUAUGCACUUCUCUUGCCUUUACUUUGGUUUUAGUAUAUCUCUGCCUUGAUUUUGUUUCUGCCUUAACUUUGUUCAAACCUCUAUGCUAAACUCAGCCAACAUAGCACACA